AUGGAUAUCACUGCGCAGAUCAACGCUGCCUUAUUGAGCGAUGAUGGUGCAAUGCAAACCACGCUCCGAAAUAUUACUUCGGCUUUAGAAGAGCAGGUUAGGCAUCUAGAAGACCAAGUCCAUGCUGGCAAUGGUGUUACCAAUUCUGCUACAGCAACAACUAGCACCCAAGUUACAGAGCUUCUACAACAGGUGAUAGAUUUAGAGAUCCUGCAUCAUGACACACAAGCUCUCUACGACGCUGCUCUUGCGGAUGUAGACCACUGGAAGGCAGAACUCGCGCAAUCUCAACAAGCUAAGAAUAGUAGGGAGAAGCAGCUGAAGCAGGAACUUGAGGCAGAGAGACAAAAGGUGCGGACCCUUUUCGAGCAAGUUCAAUCGCUGAAGGGGAACAUCCGCGUCAUGUGUCGAAUCCGUCCUGCCCCUGUUGGCACCCCGGAAGAAGACCUCGUCGACUUUGGUCCUCGCGAGCGAGGAGACUUUUCCACACACUGGGGAAAGUUGCGUAUCACGACCGAGCGGAUGAACUUCAGGGGUCAAGCGGUCCAAGAACAGCGAUCGUUCGAGUUUGAGCGAAUCUUCGGUCCCGAUGAGACGAACGAGGAUAUCUUCAAGGAGAUCAGUGACCUCACUGAGUGCGCGUUGACUGGCGAGAAGGUAGGAAUCUUUGCCUACGGGCAAACAGGAUCGGGAAAGACUUUCACGCUCAGUCACAACGAUCCGCAGAAACCCGUAGACACCGGCCUCAUUCCCAGAACGUUGGGUCUGAUUUUCGAUACCAUCAAUUCAUCAACGGAUAAAUACAACUACACGGUUUCGAUGUCAAUUCUCGAGGUCUACGUCGACAAUGUUUAUGAUCUCUUGCAGACAGGCGACGAAGGUGAGAAGAUUCAAGUUCGCCUGGAACAAGCUGUGUCGGUGGAGCUGGACUCAGAGGCCAUGGCUGCGGAAAUGAUUGACGCAGCGACGAGCAUCCGGGAAACAUCGGCCACGAACAGGAACGAGACUUCGAGCCGGUCGCAUCUCAUUCUUACAUUUCAGAUUCGGAGGAGGGACAACGAGCAGCGAAAGACCGUCACGGGUAUCCUCAACAUCGUGGAUCUUGCCGGAUCUGAGCGAUCAGCAGCUGGUGGUCUGCAAGGACAGCAGCUCAGGGAAGGCAUCAAGAUCAACGAGUCGCUAAUGAGCCUUAACAUGGCCAUCACGUCACUCGGGCAGGGCGGCCGCAUCGCAUUCGACACGGCUCUCCUGCGCGCUCUCCGGCCCGUUCUCUCCAACGACUCGAAGACGCUGAUGUUCGUGAUGAUCAGCCCCUUCCAGAAGGACCUCACCAUCUCCCUGCAAACGCUCGAGAAGGGCCAAGAGGCGACCAACGCCAAGCUGGCCUCCGCCAACCGAAGCAGCAACUUCGCCGGAACAGUGUCAGCGCCUGCGACGCCCGUGAGACCUAUCAAACCCACAUCCUCCUCCCCGACAGGCGCGAGCGCGAGCACGAGCACGAGCACGAGGAGGACGCCGACGAGUACAGGCGACAGCCGCGUCCCUUCCUUCAUCGGAGUCCCGCGUGUCAGCUUGCGGGGAGGUUCGAGCCGAGGAGGCACGGCAGCGGGGCGAGGGGGUGCGGUGAGAGGGGGUGCGGCGCGAGGUGGCUCGACGCGCACAUCGCCUGCUGGUGGAGCUGCGCCAUCUCAGAACAACACGCGCAGAACGUAAUCAGUGGUGUUCGCAGUGGUUCCCCAGGUUCUCUAGGUUGAACGGUCCUAAGCCUGGGUAGGUACCUAACUAAUAGCAGCGGGUCUGGUAGUGAA